AUGGGGAGUCGCAGGCCACACGCCUCGGCCAGCCAGCUCAGCCCUGGCCACCCGCUGUACCGGGGCCUCUCGGGCCUGAGGCCAUUCUUGCUGCAGCUGCUGCCGGCCGGGCUCCCCCUGCCUGGCCGGCCACCCAGCAGCCCACAGGAGCAGGUGGACAUGGGCCGAAGAAGCGCUGCGGUGGAGUGCCGGCUGGGCCCCGUUGUCCUGCCCCAGUGGAAGCGGCUCCCCCCCAGCUUCGCGGGCAGCCUGCUGGCACUGCGGCUGGCAGCGGGCUGUGCCAGGGAUGCGAUGACCAGCGGUCCUGAUCCAAUUAGGGACACUUGUUGCAGGCAGCUGAUUGAGGGCAAGAGGCUUCGGGAAGAGGAAGCCUCGCUGCCCAGCUGCAGCGUUAAAAAUCAGGUGCCCGGCCUGCGCGGGGCGACGCCGGCCUUGCCCGCCACCCUCGUGCUGCAGUUGCUGCGGGAGCUGAUGGCCAUCGUGCUACUCGGCUAUACCGUGCUACUUGGGGCGCUGUUGCGGUGCGCGUCAGGAGCGCGGAGGCCGUGGCACGCGCUGGCUGUGGGACUCGGAGCCAGCUUGUGUGCUGUCCCCGUCGCGCAGAAGUCGGAGCCUCCGGUGCUCAGCAACGACGCGCUGCUGCGGAGGGCCGUGUCUCUGGUGACCGACAGCACGUCCACCUUUCUCUCCCAAACCACGUACGCGCUCAUCGAGGCGGUUACCGAGUACACCAAGGCAGUUUACACGCUGGUUUCUCUGUACCGGCAAUACGCGAGCCUGCUGGGGAAGAUGAGCUCGCAGGAGGAGGACCAGGUGUGGCAGGUGAUCAUCGGGGCCAGAGUCGAGAUGACCUCAAAGCAGCAGGAGUACCUGAAGCUGGAAACCACCUGGAUGACGGCAGUCAGCCUCUCAGAGAUGGCGGCGGAGGCUGCGUACCAGAGUGGAGCUGACCAGGCCUCGGUUACGGCCCGGAGCCACAUCCAGCUGGUGAAGUCGCAGGUGCAGGAGGUGCGCCAGCUCUCCCAGAAGGCGGAGGCCCGGCUGGCAGAGGCACAGACGGAGGAGCUCCGCCGGAAGACGCAGGGGCCUGUGGGAUCCGCGGGGCAGCGGCCAGAGCCCGAGCCCGAGCCCUACCUGCCCGAGGCCUACCUGCGAGAGGACUGAGGCCACGGGCCGGGCCUGGCCGGGUCCAGCGAAGCUGCCGGCCAGCCAGAGACCUCAGUGCCCCUUGCCACCUCCCACCUGGCGCGCCCCAGCCUGGGCUGGAAGGAAGCGGCCUCUGCUGUGGGCCCCAGCUCAGGCUCUGACUCCGACUCCGCUCAGCUGCUUCCACGUGGGGUGCAGGCUGGGGCGGACCGGGGCCUCUUCGGGGCACAUCGGGCAGCACGGCCGGGCAGCCCGGAGUCUGCAGGGGGGCUGCCUCCCGGCGGUCUCGUUUCCACCUCUGAGCUAGUUGCAUCUGGAGAAUAUUUUUUUGCAUUUG